UCUCUCUUUCACUCUCUCUCUCUCUCUCUUAUAGCUUACAUAACGCAGUUUAUCGCUGCAGGCGGCUGUCGCAGCUCCACGCACACUAGUGGGUUUCUGUGGUCUAGCAGGACACGGAUAUAGAAAUCAGGAACUGCAUCCACCAGCUGUCAUGUCAUCUGUGAAGCUCGAGCGUGCAGAUCAGGCAAAAAAUGCCCACAAUGGCAACGUACUGAAGGGGCUGGAGACAAUUGCUGCCCUGGUCCGCUCUGUUGAAGAGACCCCUGAGCCAGUAGCUACCAAAUUAGAGGGAACCAUUCCCUCCUGGAUCAAUGGCAAACUCCUCCGCAAUGGCCCUGGGAAGUUUGAGUUUGGAGAAACACACUACAACCAUUGGUUUGAUGGGAUGGCCAUGCUGCACCAGUUCAAGAUUGAGAGAGGUGAGGUGACGUACAUGAGUCGGUUCCUGCAGAGCGAUACCUUCAAAAAGAACAGCGAGCGGGACCGGAUCAUAAUGUCUGAGUUUGGCACGCUUGCCAUGCCCGACCCCUGUAAAAACUUCUUCCAGCGAUUCCUUUCUCGAUUUGAGAAGUUUGAACCCACAGACAAUGCAAGUGUGAGCUUUGUGAAAUACAAAGGGGACUACUAUGUCAGCACAGAGACAAACUUCAUGCACAGAGUGAACCCAGAGACCCUAGAAACUUUAGAGAAGGUGGACUGGAGUAAGUUCAUUGCAGUAAAUGGAGCCACUGCUCACCCCCACUAUGAUCCAGAUGGUACCACCUACAACAUGGGCAACUCCUAUGGAAGAAGAGGAGUCCUCUACAAUAUCAUCAGAGUACCUCCCGAGAAGACGGAAAGCAAAGACACCCUGCAAGGAGCCAAAAUCCUCUGUUCUAUUGUGCCUGCAAACAAGUCCCAUCCCUCCUACUACCACAGCUUUGCCAUGUCUGAGAACUACGUGGUGUUCAUCGAGCAGCCAGUCAAGAUGGACCUGCUGAAGAUAGUCACAUGUAAAUUAAGAGGGAAGGCUCUGAGUGAUGGAAUCUACUGGGAUCCCAAACAGGAGACAGUCUUCCACCUCGUGAACAAGCACACAGGCGAGGUCAGCUCAGUGAAGUACCACACCAAAGCCUUCUCCACCUUCCAUCAAAUCAACGCCUUUGAGGAGGAUGGAUUCUUGAUGCUCGAUAUGUGUUGCUCCGACGACGGCCAAGCCAUCAACAACUACCUCAUCCAGAACUUGCGUAAAUCAGGAGACGCGCUGGAUGAGGUGUACAACACCUUGUGCAGGGUUUUCCCUCGGCGUUUUGUUCUGCCACUGCAUGUGACCAAUGAAACCCCAAAAGACCAGAACCUGAACACUCGACCCUGCAGCAAUGCAUCGUGUGUCAAAAUCGGUGACGACAAGGUGUUCUGCCAGCACGAGGAUCUCCACGGAGAAGACCUCCAUGAGUACGGUGGCCUGGAGUUCCCGCAGAUCAACUACGCCAGAUGUAACACACAUCCGUACCGUUAUUUCUACGGCUGUGGCUUCAGACAUCUGGUGGGAGACUCUCUGCUCAAGAUGGACCUGAAGGACAAGACAUUCAAGGUCUGGUACCAGAAAGGUUUCUACCCCUCAGAGCCUGUGUUUGUGCCGUCACCUGAUGCUGUGGAGGAAGAUGAUGGUGUCAUCCUCUCGGUGGUUCUCACCCCGUCACAGGAUAAAGGGACCUUCCUCCUGAUUUUGGAUGCCAAGACAUUUGAAGAGCUAGGAAGAGCCUAUGUGCCUGUUAACAUGGCUUAUGGCUUCCACGGUACCUUCAGUGCCUCUGCAUAAACUUCUUGUUUUUUAGACUCCCCAUGAUUCAUGGGCCAUGAAUACAACGCAUCAAUAAGCAUUAGCCAGUUAUAUAUCAGAUGGUACUGAGUUGCUGCUGCUUUUUAUGCUUAACAUAUAUACUGUCUACAGAUAUUCACUACAGGUGAGGAUCACCAGACAUUAUGUUAUCACCAUAUUUCACUGACAAUACAAGCAGUGUGCUGAGUAUUACAAUAACGGGAUUUAUCAUAUCCAGUAAGAUUAUGUUAUCUCUCUUUAGUAGUUUGCUGCAAAUAGACGUUGGAGGUUGCUGUCCCAUUUUUACUCUAAUGACUGAGCUGUUAGCUUGUUCUGAAUUAGGAGGUAGGUAGCUUUGUCAAGUGAAGUGUGAUCAGUGUUGGAUGGAUUUUCGACUGGUAGGACUUGUAGGGUACAAUUGAAAGUAAAUCUGUGGUCACCCAAGUGCCAAAAUGUUUUGUUUUUUAAAGAAAUUUAUUCCAAAAAUUUUUACAAAUCUGACUUUUGUACUGUUUUUUUUAAAUAUAAUUUUUUAAUUAAAGUUUCAACAUUAACACUUUUCAGAGGUGAAGUGUCUGGAUUCUUUUCACACACUGAAUCAGUCAAAACACAUGGUUGAGAAUAAUGUACAUAAGUACGAUUUCUCACAUCAAAUAUUAUUUUACAGUCUUUUACUGGCAAGUGGUACAUUUAAGGCCCCAGGUUUUAUAAAGUCAACAUGUGUUGCUAAUUUUAACAAUUUGUAUAGCAAUCAAAUUUGCAUCCUUGACAUUAAUAUAGAUAUUAAUCGUUAAUUUGUUAUUACCUUUGUUCAGACUACUUGUUUCACAGUAUACAUUAAGCCCAUAAAUAGACUAAGUGGCACACAAAUCACUUAAACUAAACAGACCCUAUUUUACAUAACAAUGGGGUCUUUUUAAUUGAGAAUUGAAAAUUGUAUUAAAACUAAGUGGCAUUUCUUUACCAUACAGUUUUUAAUUCUGUUAACUUCUGCUCCACUGUAGGGAAAAACAUAACUCUUAAUCCACAAUUUGACAGCUUUUAAGUUCCAAAUUACUCUUUUGUGUUACAAUAAAACAUGCUACAUGUUUAAACAUUUAAAAGACACAUCGAGGUCUCCAGCUCCUCAAAAGUAAGGAUUGUCUUUAAAUAAAUGAAUAAAACACAAUUCCAUUAGUGAUGGUAUAAACCUAAAAAAUUAUUUACAAGGGCUCAACUAGAAGGCUAAAAAAAAAAAUUGGUGCUAAUAAGAUAAUUUUGUCACAGUUAAAUAACACAUUUCUGCAUUAAGUGCCAACUCUGAUUAUGUAAAUCUUAUGUAAGCACAUGUAUUUUACAUGUAAGUGAUAACUGUGUGUGCCAUUUGUACUUCCUCCACUAUUCUAAUGCAUAAUACACAUUUAUAGUGGUCUAAAUUUGAAACGCAUGCUUUAUUAAAGUCUGGGUGCGCUUCACCCAGAUUUCAGAAGUAUACAGAAUAUCAUUCACAGACGUAUUUCUGGGGUAAAUGUAAUAGGCUAGGAAAUGGUUUUACUGUGUAGAGAAUUUAUUAGAGGUCCUCUCUAAACUAUGACUCAAUAGAGGCUAUUUUUCAAAAACCGAUUAAACUCUCUGCACUUACACUAGAAGAUGAAUUUGAAAACCCAUGAAUGAAAAAGCUCUACACAGUUGUAACUGAGGUGUGGCUUUUUGGAGGUUUUUUUUGGUUUCUUUGCUGUUUAUAAGAGAUCCACACAUCAUCCACUAGAGGUCAGCAUGUGAUGACAUUUACCUCCCUUCAGUCACGUUCUGGAUCUGCAGAGUUGGAACAACGACUCAGUACCUGACCAGGAUUUAUUUAAAUUAAUUUAUAAAUUAAGAAAAAAAGUUGUAUACCACUUUGUGUCGUGUGUGUUUUGUAACCAUGUUCGCUUUCUGUAUUGUAAACCUCGUGAACUGCAAGGCUGUUUUCAGCUUUGCGAUUGUGAAUCGUAACGGACCCAUUUUCUGUCUCAUACAACAGUCUGAACAAAGGGGUGAGGCAGGGGCAACGUCUCUGAAGGAGGUGGGCUCAACAUGGCCACACGGGCUAUAAGAGGGAUCAAACCUGUGACCCUGUGACAGUGGGACAAUCUGUAACUGCCAGCCCACCCUGCCACUUCAAAAACACACUGCAAACAGUGGAGGAGCCCGGCAUUGAACUUCACAGGGGUUAUUUCCAAAUCUGUGACCUUAACAACUGUAUUUAUAGGACACUUGGAAAAGAGUGCCUCUUUGAGGGGGAAAAAAAAGAUAAGAUAAAAAAAAAAAAAAAGGGUAGAACUUUUUUUUUAAAGAGGGGAAAAAAGGGAUUUCAAACAGACUAUUAUCGAAACUGUGGAUUAAAGCAGAGUAACUCAAGCUGCACUUUUCAGUCUGCGUGUGUGGCCAGAGAACAGAUGCGCAUUUUCAUAGAGGAUUGUACAAAGGGGAAAAGGAGAAAAGGAAAAGAAAAAAACUGUUCCCAACAGCCGGUUAAAGCAACAGGACCCAAAACUACACCUCCAAAUGUAGAAGUUUGGGGGGCGGGGUUCUCUAACUAGUUUUUAAAGUUUUGGGAUGCUUUUGUAGGACAGAACAUGCAUUUUUAAUAUCUGCAGGAGGGCUGCAGAUGGCACUUUGUUACAACAAUGGUGAUUCAAAAAAAAACUUUAAAACAACAACGCUGCGGCUGAUCAAACCUUCAAUCAGUGCUCAUCACUGGUGUGUUGUUUUGGUAUUGUUUUAUCUAAAUAGAAAAGUUAGUGACUAGAAUAACGACGGCACUAAAUAAAUUAGAAUUAUGUGAUUUAUUUUUACAUCCACCCUGUUUAGUCAGAACAGCUCAGGGGUCAACUGUUUCAGAUUUCUUUUCUGCAGGAAAAACGUGCUGACAGAUACAGCUGCUGUCUUUCCUGUAGCCCAUCCUCAUAUUAAUCAGUUCAGUUAAUCAACUUUCUCCUCAAAGUAUCCUGCUGUCUUUUCAACACACAGCAGACACUCGCAAUAGAAAUGUAUACCUAAAGAUUCUCGCUGAACUCAUCUCAGUCUUUUACAGCACAAACAUUAAGCAGACAGCAAGUAACAUGAACGACUGUGCUCAUAUGCACUACCCACUGUUUGAUUUGCUGCUACAAAGCAGCGGGUUCUGUGGAAGCAGAAUAAUGUCUAUUGAAGCAGCCGGUAGAGUCUCGGGUCACGAAUUGUGAUUUUCCUGGCAGGAAAGCGGUUUGUGAUCAGUCGUGGCAUAAAAAGCACAACAUUUAUUUUUAGCUUGUUUUUUGAUGGUGAUAUGAAUAACUCUAAAAAGCUGCUGCCUUUUGUAUAAAAUCACAAAUGUGUGAAGCCAGACACCCCUGAGAACAGUGCUGCUGCAGUCUUCUCAGGAGGGUUACUAUGUUAUAGAGAAGCUGGAUUUUAGUCUGGAUAUUGUUGUAUUAUAUACAGCAGACUACAGACUGACUACAGAGUGUAAUAAUGUAAAUAUAGUUUAACUGCAUGUAUUACCAUUUUGUUUUUUGGCCUUUAAAAAAUAAUUACUUUGACUAGAAGAUGAGCCCUUAAUGUGCAUUAUUGCAAUACAUUGGUUGUGAUAAAUUUUGCAGGUUAUGCAGGCAACAUGAGUUUAUAUUUUAAGCUCCACCUGACCAACAAAGUCCAAUAUUCUUUUUUUUUUUUUUAAUCUUUGGUCUACUCUUCACGUCUUUGUGUUUCUAUCAUUUAGUCUUCAGUAAGUACUCGUGCUUUGCGGUGAGUUUUUUGUCCAUCAAUGGCUAAAAGCAGCAUCUGGAAUCAAUGCAGAAAGCAGUGAGGUUGAACUGAAAGAGCAAAGUUGCCAUUUGGGAAACCAAAACAAUGUGCUGAAAGAGACUAAAGAUCCCAGAGUUCAGGAGAACUGACAGACAUCACACCAACAAUCCUCAUCGAUCUUUAAGCUGUUAAAUACAUAGAAAGUCACUAUGCAGGAUCGUUGUAACUGUUUGCUUUGUACCAACCACAAACUCACUCACAAAAUACAUAUAUAGAAAUAUGCUGUGAUUUACCAUAAAUAUUUCACUCAUAAAAAUUAACCGUGGCAACAUCAUAGAGAAAAAGAGCGUCUCCCAGUGUGUUUUGAUAUGUUUUCCCUACACAUGAAAAUUCAAAUUUGGCACUUUCGCCCAACCACACGAUUGUUUUCAUGUGUUUUGUUGGAGCUCGGCCCAGUCGGACAUUGGGUAAAGAUGGAUGCUACAUUAGCUCAACAAACACGCCCAGCAAACAUUUUGAUAGUGAAUGUCACUGUUCUCUUAGUCGAAAUAUAGAAAUGAAAGUGGUAAAUGGGCUGUUUUGUUAUAAAAUGCUUUUCUACUCUAUGGGAGCCCUCGGAGAGCCUCAUUCAUACAAAAAAAUAUGUACAAAUAUUUCUCUACACCUGAGUGCUUUCAGUCUCCCAUUUACACACAUUCAUACUCUGAUGAAUGCAUCAGAGAGCAACCUGGGGUUCAGUAUCUUGCCCAAGGAUACAGACUGGAGCAGGAAGGGAUUGAACCACCAAACGUCCUUAGGGGAUGACUGACUCUACCCCCUGAGCUUAAGCCAUCCUUGAGCUUAAUGGACUUUCAAUCAAGUUUACAAGAAUUGUUUAAAAUCCUCCUUUCAUCAAAUGUGAAAAGAUAAAAUUCUCACUUGAGCGAAGAGCAAAUGUGUGCAAAGCAAAACCAUCGCGAUGGAGAUUUAAACCGAUGACCUCUCACUUCUUAGUCAACUUAGCGAGCCAACGCACACCACACCACAGAUUUAUAAUGUUGACGUGGAGCAGAGAGAUUGCUCAAGCAGCCAAUGAGACAGAAUGUCCAUGUAAAUAUAUGUAAAUGCAAAAACACAUGAGGGUCUGACUGGGAUGUUACUGUACAUGAAAACAACAUCAGCGUCUGUCAGUCUGUUUACGCGGUCAUGCUGUGACCACGUUUGAAUCUCUGCUCGGCGAUUACUAAAUAAAACAUACAACAAAAUCAGAUGUAAAAACACAAUCAAAUCUGCAAAUUCUUGACCUCUUUUUGAGUGAAGGCGGAGACCGCUUCCAGGCGCAAUAAAUAAAACUAAGGAGGGACGUCAGUGAAGCGGUGGGGACACGCCCACACAGCUCUGAGCAGGGGUCUAAUCAGUGAAAGUGAAAACACCUGUGUAACUGUACCGUGUUCGCGCUUUUAAAUCUACAUAAACCUGCAAUGAUCUAAAGGGGACUAAUUUCUGGUGUGCAAAAGGAGGCUGCAGGAGGCUAUUUAACAGAAGGAGUAGGGACUACACAUGACGCUUAAAAAAAAAAACAGACUACAAUUACUGCUUUGUGGUUGCGCACCUUUGUAAACCCAUCAAGCUGCAGACUCAUAAUAUCGUAGGAGUCUGAAAGGUGGGCACAAAGAUUACUGUAACCAAUUUAAUAUCUAAAAUAUGGUCCCAAUCUGCCUUUUUAUGUCGAUAUCACAUCGUAUCAAUCGCAUCGUUUGUGUGACUUUUUUUCUUUUCUUUUCUGUUGAGUUAUGAGACCACAUGGACCUCGGAGCACAAUUCUAAUAAGUUCAUUCUUGAGUCAAAGCGAGAGUUUGUGCCAAAUUUGAAAAAAAAUUCCCUUAAGCUGUUAAAGACAAGCUAUGUUCAGGAGACCGGGUCAGACUUAAGGACACAGAAAACGCACAAAACAUAAUAAAUAUGGCGUUACUUGUGCGUUGUUUAGCUUAAACAAAAUAACAAAAGGAAAUUUGAUUUU